UCUCACGCAAGCGCACAGGCAGCAAUCUGCCGGCAACGUUCAAACAUCUUGGCUGACCUGUCGCUAUGUAAGUGAUGAGGACGAGGACGUGCUCAAACCGGUGAUGGUGUACAUUCAUGGUGGCUCUUAUGUUGAAGGAACAGCAAACGUGAUUGAUGGAAGCAUCCUUGCUAGCUAUGGUGAUGUCAUCGUCGUCACCGUCAACUACCGUCUGGGGGUUUUAGGGUUCUUGAGCACAGGCGAUCAAGCUGCCAAAGGGAAUUAUGGACUCUUGGACCAGAUUCAGGCUCUCAGAUGGGUAAAAGAGAACAUCCAGGCUUUUAAUGGAGAUCCUCGAAGAGUGACAAUAUUCGGGUCUGGAGCUGGAGCAUCAUGUGUCAGCCUUUUGACUUUGUCACACUAUUCAGAAGAUCUGUUCCAGAAAGCAAUCAUUCAGAGUGGUACAGCUCUUUCGAGCUGGGCUGUUAACUACCAGCCAGCCAAAUACACACGAAUGCUGGCCGAGAAGGUGGGGUGCAGUGAGGACGAUUCUAUGGAAAUGAUCCACUGCCUCCAGAAUAAGAACUACAAAGAGCUCAUUGAGCAGAACAUAACUCCUGCCAAGUACCACAUCGCUUUUGGGCCUGUAAUUGAUGGAGAUGUUGUGCCAGAUGACCCACAGAUCCUGAUGGAGCAAGGCGAGUUUCUGAACUACGAUAUCAUGCUUGGAGUAAACCAAGGCGAGGGCUAUAAAUUUGUGGACGGUAUUGUGGACAGUGAGGAUGGCGUUGCUGGAAAUGACUUUGAAUUUUCUGUGUCAGAUUUUGUUGAUAACUUGUAUGGCUAUCCAGAGGGGAAAGAUACCCUGCGAGAGACAAUAAAGUUCAUGUACACUGAUUGGGCAGAUAAGGAAAAUCCAGAAACAAGACGUAAAACGUUGGUUGCGCUUUUUACGGAUCACCAGUGGGUGGCACCUGCUGUGGCCACUGCCGAUCUCCAUGCUCAGUAUGGUUCACCUACCUAUUUCUAUGCCUUCUACCAUCACUGCCAGAGCGAAAUGAAGCCAGCCUGGGCAGAUUCUGCACAUGGAGAUGAACUUCCAUACGUUUUUGGCAUCCCAAUGAUUGGCCCAACUGAUCUCUUCAGUUGCAACUUCUCUAAGAAUGAUGUAAUGCUGAGUGCUGUGGUCAUGACCUACUGGACUAACUUUGCCAAAACUGGAGACCCAAACCAACCAGUUCCCCAGGAUACAAAAUUUAUUCACACCAAACCUAAUCGCUUUGAAGAAGUGGCAUGGUCCAAAUACAAUCCUAAGGAUCAGCUGUAUCUUCACAUUGGUCUCAAACCACGUGUCCGAGACCACUACAGGGCCACAAAGGUUGCUUUCUGGCUUGAGCUAGUGCCCCAUUUGCACAGCAUCAAUGAACUUUUCCAAUAUGUGUCAUCAACCACCAAAAUCCCUCCUCAGGAUACAACUCCUUUCUCGUACACCAAGCGCUUAUCUAACAAACUUUGGCCGUCCACUACCCGGCAUCCCCCAGUUCCUUCAUCCAACACCAAGCAGUCCACAGACCAUCAGAAGAAUUCAGAGCAUAAGGACAGCUCUGUAACCAUAGAAGCUCGAGACUAUUCCACAGAAUUGAGUGUUACUAUCGCUGUCGGAGCAUCCUUGCUCUUUCUAAAUAUCCUGGCCUUCGCAGCCCUCUAUUACAAGAAGGACAAGCAUCGUUUUGAGUCCACUCGGCGUCCUAGUCCACCAAGGAACCUUGCUAAUGAUGUACCAAGGGUUCCAAGUGAAGAUCUAAUGUCCUUGCAGAUGAAGCAACUAGAUCACGACCACGAUCAUGAUUGUGAGCCAUUGCAAGGGCAUGACAUGCUCCGGCUCACUUGUCCUCCCGACUAUGCCCUCACUUUACGUCGUUCCCCAGAUGACUUCCCAAUCAUGACGCCAAACACCAUCACCAUGAUCCCCAAUUCUCUCUCGGGGAUUCAGUCACCGUACCAUCCCUUUAAUCCGUACGUCAACAGCACUUCAAGCAAUACUGGCCUCCCUCAUGGACAUUCUACUACUAGAGUAUAACUCAACGCCAAUGACUGUACUUGCAAGCAGCAGAUUAUUAUUUAAUUCAAACAGAUUGCACCUGGUUGUUUUGGAGACAAGCACCAAAGGUGUUAUUUUAUUACUGACAACUCUAUGGACUAUCUCAAAUAACCUGUAUAAUGUGAACAAUGAAUGUAAUGAUUUUCACAUUUAUGGCAAAGCCAAGUAAGCAUAGGACUCUUCUUUGAUCUGUAGCACUACGAUACCCGAUAUGAAAACCCAUUGUUUGUGUCCUGAUCUCUUUGCUUUGAUUGUGAAGUGAUCUCUUGAGAUAUCCUCAAUCAGCAAUAUCAUCAGUUUUUUGAUUGAUUGCUCUGAUAGAAGCAGUAGUAGCAUUAGCUAUAGUCAUCAUUGCUAUCUUACGUACUGAGAUCAAUAUUUCAUUAUUUAUUGAAAUAAAAGUUUUGCUAUAAUUAGGCUUGUGCAACAUUGACGUUUCCCUGCUUGCAAUUCACCAUUUUAAAAUAGUAUAACUGAUUUAGUUAUGGGGCGGCACGGUGGUGUAGUGGUUAGCGCUGUCGCCUCACAGCAAGAAGGUUCUGGGUUCGAGCCCCGUGGCCGACGAGGGCCUUUCUGUGCGGAGUUUGCAUGUUCUCCCCGUGUCCGCGUGGGUUUCCUCCGGGUGCUCCGGUUUCCCCCACAGUCCAAAGACAUGCAGGUUAGGUUAACUGGUGACUCUAAAUUGACCGUAGGUGUGAAUGCGAGUGUGAAUGGUUGUCUGUGUCUAUGUGUCAGCCCUGUGAUGACCUGGCGACUUGUCCAGGGUGUACCCCGCCUUUCGCCCGUAGUCAGCUGGGAUAGGCUCCAGCUUGCCUGCGACCCUGUAGAACAGGAUAAAGCGGCUAGAGAUAAUGAGAUGAGAUGAUUUAGUUAUCCAGACCCAAGAGAAGAAAGGAAGACAAUCAUUUCAGAACCCAUUUCAGAUUUAAGGAAACUACACUUAUAGAUUUUAUUUCAUGUUAAUGAGCUCAAAACAUUCUUCCAUUUACCAGUGAAGAAAGUAAGGUCAUGCAGCCAAUCCUGAAAGCAUGAGUGAUGAGGAGUAGGGGUGGGGCUACCAAGCAGUUUUGUGUGACAUUGGAGCGUUCAAAACACCUGCAUGAAUCAUUCCAGAUUAAUAUUUUGAUUGGCUCCUCAUCUGUUUGACUGGAGAGAAAACGACUGGUAAACGUUACAGUGGUAACUCAUACUUGCAUAUGCCGUUGUUAAGUUACAGCACGUCUACACAAAUUGCAUAAAGGUUGCCGGUCUGGUAAUGUAAUCAGGAUAAACGUCACAGGAUAUUGUGUAGAGACAACUAAAUCAUUAUGUCGCACAAGCUUAAUUAUAAUAUUGUGUUUCCUCAUAAUUUUCUGAGAUUUGCAAAUCUAAGGGAACAUUAAUAGAUCCAGAAAUCAUUGUUAUGCUCAUAUAGUUUAAAUCCAGACAAAAGAGAUCAGAGUGCAGUGUAAAUAUCUGUGCUAUGUAUUGAGUGCUUAUACUGUAAAUCUUAUGAGCUUAGCUCCUAAAGUUAAUUGCCUUAAACAGGCAAUAAUCCUAUUUCUCAGUCCAAAUAAUGCUUAUUUAAGAGCUUAAAGUAAUGUAUAUAGCUUAGGAUAAAGCACAAAAUGAAGAAAAGGCUAGUGCUUGUAUUGUUCUUUCACUUCUGAAGACAUUUGCUUCAUGCAGACACUGUCUAUCUUUUCCAUUUCAUCCAUUCUUGACAUGCUUUUGGUGGUUUAGAUCUCAUUCUCAUGCUGUUUGGUUACUCUGUGCCUCAAAGGCUAAACGUCUUUUGUGAUUUUCAGAAACGUCCCAAAAUUGAGAAACUACUUGUGUGAAUGUCAAACUUUGCCAGUCCUCAGGAAGUGUCAACAGACAUGCUGUCGUUCAUUUACUGCCUGCACAUUACAGGAGACAAGUCGCAGGAUUUUAUAGCCCAGCUGUUUUUAUCCGCAUCCACAUUUUAUAGCUUGUUAUGCUGCACGAAAGGUUUGAUUUAAGCCAUGCCACAGUUAGAGUUCCACAAUUUAGUACCUUACACUAAACAGUUGCUUCAUUGAGAAAUCAAUGUGUGAUGCUUGAUUUGUCCACCAUGAAAGUCUCCCAAGGGCAAGGAAUCAUAGAGACAUUUCGAAGAACCAGACACCCAUCUGCAGUGUGUUGAUGUCAUACAGCACAGCCCUUUAAAACCAUGGCUCUGAUAUUCUUAACCAUUAUCAGAUUUUUAGAAUUGUAAAAAAAAAAAGUGUACUAAACAUGCUUGCUCACCUUGAGACUUCAGAAAGGAGAUUUUUUUUCCCCAAACAGCCCCAGAAAGGUUCAGAUUUCAGACUUUGUUGCGUUGUCAUGACAUUUAUGAAUGAAAAACAAAAAAAGGUAACAGAACUAUAGCUGCAGGCAACAUUUGCAGGGUCCAGCCGUCAUUCACAAGUAGAGCCCCUUGUUAUCCCUGUCAGAUGCCUGAUGGAUUGUGAUUGGCUGAUGAUGCCCAUGCUUAUAGAUAAUCAGGUCAUCAUAAAAACUCAAUGUAUAGAUUAGCACAAAGAUACAGUGUAGCAAAUUACAGCUUGACCAGAUUUACAGUUCCUGAGAUAAUUCUUGAAGUUCAAACUCAAUUUUGACAGAUUUUGUGAAGAUUACAUUACUGGUAUUUAGCAGACACUCUUAUCCAAAGCAACAUACAACAUACCCAGAGCAGCCUGGGGAGCAGUUGGGGUUAGAUGCCUUACUCAAAAGACACUUCAGCCAUGCCUGCUGAUUCCAGGGACUCAAACCAGCAACCUUUUGGUCCUAAAGCUACUUCUCUAACAAUUAGGCUAUGGCUUCCCCCGAGAUCAUAGGAUAAGUUCACAGAAGUAGGCCUUGGAUAUCAAAGUGCUUGGAACUAAAUCGUUUUUGUUUGGCAGAUAGCAAGGAAUCAGGAAACAAAAACAUUUCCACAGUAUAAAUGAUGGUCAAAAGGAAAAAAACAACCCUGAGCUAUAGUGCCACCAUCGGCCCAGACCGGCUCAUUGUUUACCUGAUAAAUAGUAUACAAAGAAGAAUCUUCUUGUUUCAGAAGCAUCUUUGGUGCUUGGGCCCCUAAUUAUUACUUAAGACUACUCUUCUGUUGGCUUCACAGACUCUUAAAUGCACAUCUUGGGGUGUGGCCUAUUAGUUAGGUCACUUUUUCUUGAGCUAUAGAGGCUUUGCACCAU